AGUCUGCAGCAAUCAAGGAGUUGCACUGCGUUCAAGUUCAGAAGUGCUUUACACAUGAAAUCUACUGGCUCUCUAGCUGAUUCUGCCCUGUCACCAUCUCAACAGAAUUGGAUUCACAGUCAUGGAGGAACAUCAACAGCAUUUACACUGUGUGAACUGUGUCAGCCGUCGUUGUAUGACCAGACCAGAGCCUGGCAUUUCCUGUGAUUUGAUUGGCUGCCCAUUGGUUUGUGGAGCAGUUUUUCACUCAUGUAAAGCUGAGGAACAUCGCAUGUUAUGUCCACUUGAAAGAGUGCCUUGUUUGAAUAGUGGCUUUGGAUGUCCCUUCAUAGUAGCCCGAAAUAAAAUUGCUGAUCAUCUAGAAGUUUGUCCUGCAAGUGUGGUAUGUUGUACCAUGGAGUGGAAUAGAUGGCCAGUCAGUUAUGCAGACCGAAAAUCUUACGAAAAUUUGAGUAAAGAUGUUGAUGAAGUGGAGCAGCUAGAUAUGGCUUUAGCCCUUCAAGACCAGCGCAUGUUAUUAGAAUCACUUAAAGUAGCAACUAUGAUGUCAAAAGUAGGUGAUCAAAUACCAGAAUCCAGAGAGCAAACCUCUGUCAAAUCAGGUGCCCCAGAUACAGUGCAUUCAAAUGGUUUGAUGCCUGUAGAUGAAGAGUCCUAUGGCGCACUUUAUCAAGCUACUGUAGAAACAACGAGGAGUUUAGCUGCUGCUCUGGAUAUCCUGAACACUGCUACAAGGGACAUUAAUAUGUUAAGUUCAAGACUCUGCGUUUCACCGCAUGAAAUGAAAGAAGAUACCGAGAUUAAAGAACAAGCUUCUAAUGGCAUUAUUCAGGAUAAAAAGUCUGACCAUGAAUAUCCAGAUGAAGAUAACAUAGGAGCAGUUGGGGGAAUUAACUUUGAUCGCCUGAGUCAAAAUUUGCAAAUGGAGCAAAACGGUUCUAGUGAUAUUUGUUAUGAUGUAGUGCAAAAACAUGACUUAAAUCUAAACCUCAGUAACUCCUCACUUUUGUGUAAUGGCUUUCAUGUAGAAAAUGAGGGUUCAAAGGUGUUGGACCAGAAUGAAGAUCUUGGUUUAUCUAAUUCAAAACCAUCCAGUGUAGCAAAUGGUGAAUGUACUGCAUCUCAUGAUGAUGAAGCAUUACAGUCUUGCAGCUCCUUCCCUGUAACAGGACAACUUAAAGAAGUAAUAUCAGCUGAUCACUUAGUUAACGGCAAUGUUAAUCAUGUACUACUUCCCCGUAAUGCUAACGAAGAAGAAAUGUUAGAGAGACAAGUGGAGCAAGAAAGAUUGAGAAACGUAGAUGCGUUUUCACUUUUACGGCAUCGAUCAUACAAAUUCCUUGUUAACCAUUAUUGGUCUACACCAAAAGAAGACAAAGCUGUUGAUACGUCAGAUUUGGAGAUAACAGAAGAUCCUAUGGGUCUUCAGGGGAUUGAUCUAAUCACUGCAGCUCUGUUGUUUUGCCUAGGAGACUCUCCCGGAGGUAGGGGGAUAUCAGAAAGUCGCACAGUCGAUGUGUAUCACGUUGACUUUGGGACCCAGACAUUUUCUCUCCCAUCUGCUAUAUUGGCCACAAAUACAAUGGUGGGGGAAAUAGCUUCAGCUUCUGCAUGUGAUCAUGCCAACCCACAGCUCUCAAAUCCAAGUCCAUUCCAGACCCUUGGACUGGAUUUGGUAUUGGAAUAUGUGGCUAGAUACCAAACAAAACAGCGUUCAAUGUUUACAUUUGUUUGUGGACAGUUGUUUAGGAGGAAUGAAUUUUCAUCACAUUUUAAGAAUGUGCAUGGUGACAUUCAUGCUGGCCUUAAUGGCUGGAUGGAGCAGAGGUGUCCUUUGGCAUAUUAUGGGUGUACAUAUUCUCAACGAAGGUUUUGCCCUUCAACACAAGGGGCAAAAAUUAUUCAUGACCGCCACUUACGGUCAUUUGGAGUUCAGCCUUGUAUAUCCACAGUAUUGGUAGAACCAGCAAAAAGCUGCUUAAUUGGACUACACAAUGACCAUCUGAGUAGUCUACCUUUUGAGGUUCUGCAGCACAUUGCUAGUUUUCUAGAUGGCUUUAGUUUAUGUCAGCUUUCAAGAGUGUCACGUUUAAUGAGAGAUGUAUGUGGAAGCUUGCUUCAAGCACGUGGAAUGGUGAUACUGCUUUGGGAGAAGAGAAAGUACCCAGAUGGAAGUUCUUCUUGGCAGAUAAAAGAAAAGGUCUGGCGCUUCAGUACAGCCUUUUGUACUGUGAAUGAAUGGAAGUUUGCUGACAUCGUAAGCAUGGCUGACCACUUGAAGAAAUGCAGCUAUAAUGCUGUAGAGAGAAGAGAGGAGGCUGUUCCGCUGCCAUGUAUGUGUGUAACAAGAGAACUCACUAAAGAAGGACGUUCACUGCGCUCUGUUUUGAAACCAGUACUUUAA